AUGGGCGAGGACGCUCCCACCGAAAAGUCGAAACGGGACGAGACAAAAGAAGAACGACGCGCCCGCAAAGAGAGAGAGCGUGCUGAACGAAAGCUGCAGGAGCAGAAUGAGGCAGAGAGGUCGGCGCAAGCCGCUGAGGGCAAUGUGAAGGAGCGGAGACAUAGGCGCGAGGAAACGGAGGAGGAGAGGCGGAUACGCAAAGAGCGCGAACGUGCGGAGCGCAAGGAGCGGGAACGAGAGAGGGAGAAGCUUGCAGGUGCUGCUGAGGAGGAUAAUGGAGAGCGGAGACAUAGGCGCGAGGAAACGGAGGAGGAGAGGCGGAUACGCAAAGAGCGCGAACGUGCAGAGCGCAAGGAGCGGGAACGAGAGAGGGAGCAGCUUGCACGUGCUGCUGAGGAGGAUAAUGGAGAGCGGAGACAUAGGCGUGAGGAAACGGAGGAGGAGAGGCGGAUACGCAAAGAGCGCGAACGUGCGGAGCGCAAGGAGCGGGAAAAGAUUAAACAAGAAUAUCAGCAAGAACAUGAUUCUAAUGGUGGCGUUUCGCGGAAAGUAUUAGUCAAUGAUGAAACUGUGGUGGAUGAUGAACUGCAAACGUGGCAGCAGGAAAACCAGGAGACCAAAAGAGGGGGUGUGGUGAUUGGAGGGACAAAGGAAGAGCUGACUACUGUGAUGGAAGCGGAAAAUCGUGCGAUUCGUCAGGCUGCGGAUGAGGCGAGAAAAGCUGCUCGGCGUGAUGAACGUCGACAUGCUGAGGAGGAACAGGAGGAGGAGGAGGCGAUGGAGCGACGAGAAAAGCGCCGCAAAGAGAGAGAAGAAAAAAAAUUACUCCAGUCUCAGAUGACGAAGACAUCGGGUGCAGUGGCGGGUAAGAGCGCGCUUGGUGUGUCGGAUCUGCAACGUCAAGGGUAUCGAACACAAUUUGAAAAGGACCUGCAACGUGCGACAGCCUUACGGCGGCUAGUGGGUAUGGAUGAUGUUUCUGUAUCCCUCAUUGAUGUUUCUCCGCAGUCGCAAUACGACAUGUAUAUUCGUAACUUUGUGGACACGAGUCGCAAACAGGCUGGGGUACAGGCUCCAGCAGAAGAGGAUUGUAUUGAUUUUGAAGUACAAGCGGAAAGGGUAGGUGUGCGGCAUCGCGGUGUUGAAGUACCCUGUGACUUGGGACUUUGCCCUGAGCAGUUUGCAGACCGACCGAUGCACUUUGUUAAUAAGGAUGUUGGCCAGGGCGAGGUUGGGAACACCAUGGAAAACAAUGAUGCUGUGGUUGAGGCUCCCCUGGGUAACGUUUCCGGCGCGCACAUGGUUGAUAGCACUUUGCUGGCAGCUUUUCUUGGGCGCGUUUUUCCCGUUAUGCAGGCCGUUUUAGAUGAGAAUGAUGAGGAGAAACUUGUUCCAGGAGAUUUCAAAUCAAAGAGUGAGACCCAGUUUUCUACCUCUUACACGACGUUUUCUUUUGCUGCCACCUGUAAUCGACCUGUUCUGAAGGUUUUUUUUAACCUCUGUGCUCCGGCGUAUGUGGCGGUGCUUCAUGGGUUGAGGGAGGAAGAAGGUCCGUCGAGAGAAUUGGACCGUUACAUGUCAGUUAUCGUGAUUUGGAACAUCUACGACUCCUCCUCACCAGAGAAGGUGCUUGUUAGCCCAUUGCUUUUGACAUGUAUGUGCAUGAGUCCACGGUGGCCCUACUUGGUUUACGCUGGAGCUGAGGAUGGUUCGCUUUACGUCUGGGAUACUCGCGAGCCAGAGCGGAACCACAUCACAGCUGGCUGCAUUCAACGAAACGCGUUUCGACUUCCCUCAUUUGCUACAUCAUGGCAAACUGGAAAUCAUAAUGCCCCAAUUGUCGCCGUUGCUGUAGCGGGCUAUAACACCGUCGUGGGUGUUCGUAAGGAUGAAAGUGAGCAGCUCGUUUCGCUUGAUGCCACCGGAGGGACGUAUUUUUGGGUUGUUAAUGAAAAGGACCAAUCCAAGGGCGCAAUCAGUGACACAGAGAACGGGCUGCAUAUGUUCUCGACAGUACGUUUAUUUUUGGCAACCUCAAAGUCUAAGGAUCACGUUAACGCUCUGUCCUUGAAUCAGGAAUCUUUUGCUUUGGACUUUGUUCCAACUGACUCCUCACAUUACGUUGUGGCAUGUGCAGCGGGUGUGCGACACAUAAGUCGUUUCGGAGGUAUAGCGGCACCCUCUCUUUACGGUCCGUGUUCUCGUUUUUUUGCGCGCCCAGUUGCCGUACCUUCGUGCGUGCGGUAUGGCACUGUCGAUAGCCGAAUUUUCGUAGUAGGAUACGAUGAUGGUAGUGUGCGUCUCUAUCUGCACACAGACGCUGAACCUCAACUUUCCAUGCCCCUGUGCAAUCAACGCAUCGUAGAUAUGAGGUUCAAUGGAGGUGAUAAAUGGCUGCUGUGGGCGUUGGACGCUAGUGGGACGUUGUUCCUUUUGGAUUUGGCGAAGAAAGACAAGGAGUUUCCGGUUUUAUCGCAGUCGCUGUUAGCUCCCGAUACCGGAUGCUGCACCUGUUUCGAUAUUCCACCUGAGGGAAAAGGUGAUAGCCGCGUGAUAGUGCUGGGAUUUGAAAAGGGAAUGAUUCAGUUACAUACUCUCACUGACCUCACGCACACUCCGAGCACUGACAGGGAAGAGCACUGGUUGUAG